ACAUCAAGUGGCGUGCGCUGGAACCAGAGUCACCGGAGUUCAUAUCCGAGCACAAUCGCAGGAGAGCAGAGAAUGGCAGAUCACAGCCAGUUCCCUGGUCCGUAGCGUUUACAUGUGUAUGUCUACAUACACACACACGCACAGGCGCACACCGACCUCCCUGGAGAAGAUACUACUGCCAUCGGUGACAUCGCCAUGACGACCUUGAACCCCACGGCCCCUGAGAGCCCCAGUGGCCCCGCCGUGGCCCGCUCCCCGCCCGCUCCCCCGGCGGGGCCGGUGGGGGGGGCGGUGUGGGAGACGGAGGGGCCGGUGUUGGUGCAGUUCCAGCUGGGUCUCUCCAGAGAGGUGGUGCGCGUUGCCGGGGGAAACGUCAGCUACCGCCACGCCAAGAGGCUGGCCAUGGAGAUCAUCGCCCGCAAGGCCCCCUACUGCAGCGUGGUGGGCCCGGGGGAGAGGAUCCUGCUGUUCAGACACCAGCAGCAGCAGGGUCUGCAGCGCCUGGCCCAGAGCGACGAGCUGCAGAACGGAGACCUCAUCGAGGUCAUCAUCGCAGAGUCGGCCGGCGUGACGGAGAUGAAGGUCCGCCCCCACUCUCUGGCGGUGCACUCGUACCGCUCCCCCACCUUCUGCCACCACUGUGGGGAGAUGCUGUGGGGGCUGGUCCGCCAGGGCCUGAGAUGUGAAGGCUGUGGGCUGGACUUCCACAAGCGCUGUGCCUUCAUGCUGCCCAACGACUGCAGCCACACCAAGCGUCACAUCGCUGCCAGCCUCUCCCUGUUCCCGCCCCGGAGACCCAGGGCGCCCUCCCUCUCCUCGCAGACAGGGGGCAGUCUAGAGGAGAUCAGCCUAUCCAAGCCCAACUCGCGGCCGGCCUCGUGGGCGGAGCCUCCGAUGUGGCUGGGGGUGGGCUACGGCGACGUGGUGAAGACCAAGGUCCCUCACACCUUCCACAUCCACAGCUACACCAAGCCCACCGUCUGCCAGUACUGCCACCGGCUGCUCAAGGGCCUCUUCCGACAGGGGCUGCAGUGCACCGACUGCAGGUUUAACUGCCACAGACGCUGUGAGCUGCUGGUCCCUCGAGACUGUCCUGGGGAUAGGAGAGGCAGCUCUGAACAAGACUCCACAGCCAAUCACAGCGGCAAAGAGGAGAGCGAGGACACAGAGUCGGACCUCGUUAGUAUGACAUCACUGGACAGCAGUGAUGAGGAGACGCAUGCUGAUGAAGACCCAUUGGCUGACAGCCAGGCACCUUUGCUCCAGCAACCACCAAUCGGUCCGUGUUUCAGCAGCUUCAUCCCCCUGAUGAGGGUAGUGCAGUCUGUGCACCAUGCUAAGAGGAGAGCUAGCUGUGUGCUGAGGGAGGGGUGGCUGCUGCACCACACACACAUCGACACGCUGAGAAAACGUCACUACUGGGUGUUGGACUGGAAGAGCAUCACUCUGUACCAGAACGAAGGCAGCAGCAAGUUCUACAAGGAGAUCCCUCUCUCGGAGGUGCUGCAGGUCCGGGGCCCCACGGAGCUCUCGGUGGCCGCGUUGCCAGGCAACCGGCCCCACUCACUGGAGGUGGUGACGGGCCCGGUGGUGUACUGCGUGCAGGUGCAGAAGGACGCCCAGGCCUGGGAGCGGGACCUGCGGCGGGCCCUCAUGCCCAUGCUGUGCAGCGGCGACGGGGCCAUGGUCCAACGGGCCAACCAGGGGGGAGCUGGUGGUGGUGGAAAGGCCCCAGGAGUGGGGGGCCGAGGCCUGCACAGAGAAGCGAGUGCAGACAUCAGCCUCGUGUACCAGAUCAUAACGGACGAGAUGCUGGGCUCAGGCCAGUUCGGCGUCGUGUUCGCAGGUACCCACAGGACGUCGGGCCGCUCGGUGGCCAUCAAGGUGAUCGACAAGAGACGCUUCCCCUCCCACCAGGAGGGCCAGCUGAAGAACGAAGUCACCAUCCUACAGAACCUGUCCCACCCCGGGGUGGUGCAGAUGGAGGCCAUGUUUGAGACGGUGGAGCACAUCUUCGUGGUGAUGGAGAAGCUCCACGGGGACAUGCUGGAGAUGAUCCUGUCCAGUGAGAAGGGCCGCCUCCCCGAGCGCAACACCCGCUUCCUGGUCACCCAGGUCCUGGAGGCGCUCCGGUACCUGCAUCUGAAGCACAUCGCCCACUGCGACCUGAAGCCGGAGAACGUCCUGCUGGCCUCCACCGACCCCUUCCCCCUGGUGAAGCUGUGCGACUUCGGCUUCGCCCGCAUCAUCGGGGAAAAGUCGUUCCGCCGCUCGGUGGUUGGUACGCCGGCGUACCUGGCCCCCGAGGUGCUGUGCAGCGGCGGCUACAACCGCUCUCUGGACAUGUGGUCGGUGGGCGUGGUGGCCUACGUCAGCCUCAGCGGCACCUUCCCCUUCAACGAGGACGAGGACAUCGGCCAGCAGAUCACCAACGCCUCCUUCAUGUACCCCCGCCAGCCCUGGGCCACCAUCUCCCUGGAAGCGGUGAGUCUGAUCAGCAACCUGCUGCAGGUGUCUGUGAGGAGGAGGUACAGUGUGGGCAAGGCCCUGGGACACCCCUGGCUGCAGGACUUCCAGCUGUGGUGUGACCUGCGGGCGUUUGAGCAGCGGAUGGGAAGCAGGUACCUGACCCACGAGGGUGACGAGGAGCGCUGGCGGCGCUACGCCCAGGAGAGGGCGCUGGUGUUCCCCCCGCAGCUGUGCUGCGAUGCGGGCAGCAGCCGCCCCGUCUGACCUGGCGUUAUUCGUGGUUAUUAAAGUUAUUAAAGGGGACAUUUUGUAUUGGUCAUUCUUUCAAGAACAAGGUUGCGUUUGAGUUUGUCUUUUUUUUUUUUUUAUCUUAUUGGUCUUUUUGUUUUUUUCGAGGGAUCUGAUUGGUCAAGAAAAAAUAUUCAGGGGUCCAGUACCGAUGUAGUCGCAUCUGUCGUUUUUUAUUGGUCGUCAUGAAAAAAAACGUAAGGGAUAACACUGUUGUUUAUUUAUCGAAUAAAACAUGAGGUGCCA